GUAUAGCGGGAGCGCGCAAUGCUCGAGUAUGAGAACUAGCACUGAUUAGUAGAAAAACCCUCGGAGUUGUGGUAGGCGUGAGACGGGGAGACCAGAUUGGGGUUUAUUUCUUUCUUUUAAAAAACAUAAGUGGGGGAAUAUGGUUUUUUGAACUGCACAGUGGUAAAGCCCAAUGGGAAUGGUGUGAGCAGAGAUUAGAGUGUCGGGAGUGAGGGGUUUUGUACGGCUUUUCCCAGCGCUGCAUUUUCAGUCCAUCCAAAGAGAGUUCGGGGGCGCAGAGGACUGCAUUCAGCCGGGGGCUGAGGCUUGACUUGUGAUGUCUUGAGGCCGUCUCCUGGGGCCCCUUGAAGGAGGUGCUGCAGGCGCUGAUGGGAACUGCUGCUCCAAUAUGAACCUUCAUGAUGUCGGAGUUAGGCGACGCUUUGAGGACCCAGAGUUCACCCUGCGGAUCUACCCGGGAAUCAUUGCCGAGGGCACCAUCUACUGCCCUGUCACGGGCCGCAAGAACACCACAGCGGCCGAAGUCAUCAGCCAUGUCAUCGAUAAGCUGCAGCUUGACAGGACGAAAUGCUACGUCCUUGCCGAGGUGAAGGAGUUUGGCGGAGAAGAAUGGAUCCUCAACCCCAUAGACUGCCCUGUCCAGCGCAUGAUGCUAUGGCCCCGCAUGGCCCUGGAGAACCGCUUUGGCGGAGAGGAUUACCGCUUCCUGCUGCGGGAGAAGAACCUGGACGGCUCCAUAGACUACGGGAGCCUGCAGAUGUGGCUCCAAGUGACGGAGGAACGUCGGCGUCUGGUCGAGCGGGGCUUCCUGCCGCAGCCACCGCAGAAGGACUACGAUGACCUGUGCAACCUGCCCAACCUCAACGAAAAGACGCUUCUGGACAACCUGCGUGGCCGCUUCAAACAAGAGAAGAUCUACACCUAUGUGGGCAGCAUCCUCAUUGUCAUCAACCCCUUUAAGUUCCUGCCCAUCUACAACCCCAAGUACGUGAAGAUGUAUGACAACCACCAGCUGGGCAAACUGGAGCCGCACAUCUAUGCGGUGGCCGAUGUAGCGUACCACGCCAUGCUGCAGAGGCGCCGCAACCAGUGCAUUGUCAUCUCCGGGGAGAGCGGCUCAGGCAAGACGCAGAGCACCAACUUCCUCAUUCACCACCUGACCGCCCUCAGCCAGAAGGGCUUUGCCAGUGGGGUGGAGCAGAUUAUCCUGGGGGCCGGACCUGUGCUGGAGGCAUUUGGAAACGCGAAGACGGCUCACAAUAACAACUCGAGCCGCUUCGGCAAGUUCAUCCAAGUGAAUUACCAGGAGAGCGGCACCGUUGGCGGAGCUUAUGUGGAGAAGUACCUUCUAGAAAAGUCCAGGCUGGUUUACCAGGAGCACAAUGAAAGGAACUACCACGUGUUUUACUACUUGCUGGCAGGAGCGAGUGAGGAAGAGAGGGCCAUGUUCCACCUGCAGAAGCCAGAGGAGUACCACUACCUCAACCAGCAGGACUGCUUCACGGUGGAAGGAGAGGACCUGAAGCACGACUUCGAGCGACUGCAGCUAGCAAUGGAGUUGGUGGGCUUCCUGCCCACCACACGUAAACAGAUCUUUUCUCUGUUGUCCGCUAUCCUUCACUUGGGGAAUAUCCGCUAUAAGAAGAAGACCUAUCGGGAUGACUCCAUCGACAUCUGCAACCUGGACGUCCUGCCCAUUGUGUCCCAGCUGCUCGAGGUUAAAGAAGAGAUGCUGUUUGAGGCCCUGACCACUCGGAAGACGGUGACGGUGGGCGAGAGGCUGAUCGUGCCCUACAAGCUGGCUGAGGCUGGCACGGUGCGGGACUCGAUGGCCAAAUCGCUUUACAGUGCCCUGUUUGACUGGAUCGUGUUCCGGAUCAACCACGCCCUGCUCAACAACAAGGACCUGGAGGAGAGUGCCAAGAUCCUGUCCAUUGGUGUGUUGGACAUUUUUGGCUUUGAAGACUACGAGAGCAACAGCUUUGAGCAGUUCUGCAUCAACUUCGCCAACGAGAGACUCCAGCACUACUUCAACCAGCACACCUUCAAGCUGGAGCAGGAGGAGUACCGGUCUGAGGGCAUCGCCUGGCACCACAUCGACUACAUCGACAACACGGGCUGCAUCAACCUGAUCAGCAAGAAGCCCACGGCUUUGUUCCACCUGCUGGAUGAAGAGAGCAAACUCCCCUUUAAUCUAGACUUCAGGGAGAAGAACACAGACCACAUGCGGCCUGACAUUGUAGCCCUGCUGAAGAGCAGCAGAAAUGCCUUCAUCUGCGGCCUCAUGGGUAUCGACCCAGUGGCCACGUUCCGCUGGGCUGUGCUGCGCGCCUACUUCCGUGCCGUGGUGUCCUUCCGGGAGGCGGGCCGCAGGUUCACAGGGAAGAAGCCUGGGCAUGAUGAUGCUGCUCCAUGUGCAGUUUUGAAAAGUGUGGAUAGUUUUAGCUUUCUUCAGCACCCUGUGCAUCAGAGGAGCUUAGCCAUCCUGCAGAGGUGCAAAGAGGAGAAGUACAGCAUCACCCGGAAGACCCCCCGAAGCCCACUGUCGAGCCUGCAGAGUGCCAACCCGCUCAGUGAGAAAGCACCAAGGGACACUUUGGGUGUGAGAUGGAACGGCCGGCCCAGCAGGCAAAGCCGACUGUCCUCGGGUUCUCUGCUGGAAGAUGAUGGCAUCUUCCUCAACUCCACUAGCAGCAAGCUGCUGGAGAGAGCCCAUGGCAUCCUCAUGCGGAACAGGAACUACAAGACGAAGCCAUGCCUUCCGAAGCACCUCCUGGACAUCAAGUCCCUGAAGUACCUGAGUGGCUUGACGCUGCAGGACCGCAUCACCAAGUCCCUGCUCCACCUCCACAAGAAGAAGAAACCCCCCAGCAUCAGUGCUCAGUUCCAGGUCCAUGACUUUGCUCAUCACUUCCAUGCACUUCUGCCAGACACCUCCAGCAUCACCCCACAAAGCAUGAGAUCCUUCCUGCAGCAGGCCAGCCUUACCCCUGACGGAUACCAAGUGGGACACACCAUGGUAUUCCUGCGGGAGGCAGAGCGCCAGCAGCUGCAGGACCUGCUGCACCAGGAGGUGCUGCGGCGGAUCGUGGCCUUACAGCUCCGCUGGCGAGCCGCGCUGGAGAGGAGGCGCUUCCUCGUCAUGCGGCUGGCGGCGUGCCUGAUCCAGCGAUGGUGGCGCAGACGGCGGCUGCAAGGCGCCGGGGGGGCAGCGGGGCCGGACCGCGUCCUCCGUGCCGCACUGUGCCUUCAGGCCGCCUGGAGGGGAUUCAGCCAGCGGCGUCAAUUCCUGCUCUGGCGGGAAGCGGCUCUGGUCAUCCAGAGGAACCUGCGGCUGUGGAGACGCCGGCGAGCAGAGGCAGCGAGCGCCAUCCAGGCGGCCUGGCGCGGCCACCGGCAGAGGGAGCGCUAUCUGAGGAUGUGGGGCUCCGUGCUUCUCCUGCAAGCCGCAGCAAGGGGAGCAGCAGCGAGGAGGAGAUUUAAGGAUCUGAAAGCCCAGAAGCUAAGAGAGAGGCAGCUACAGGACAGACCUCAGCCAGAAGAUGGGAUCCUGGCCACCACUGGCCUGGAUCUUAGCACAUGGGAGGAGCGCUUGUGCCAGGAGCGGGAGUGGGGCCCCCUGGGGUCUGGUGCCGCCAUGGGAGGCACCCAGGAGCAGGCUGAGGAGGAGAAGGCGGGACUGAGGGUCACGAGCUCGGGAGCUACAGCAGGAGCUUCAUCAGCUGGAGUGCUGACGGGGAAAGAGAUGCCUCAGGUGUUGGAGGAUCCCAGCCAUAAGACCAGGGUCAAGCGAGAGAAACGAAGGAAGAGGGAACUGGAGCAGGCAAAGUUUAGCUUAACGCUGCUGAAGGUGAGGUCUACAAGUGCUCUGUCACCAUCUGAGGAGAGGAACUGGCCAUCUGAGAAGUCUAUAGAACCUCUAUCACCAUCUGAGGAGAGGAACUGGCCUUCUGAGAGGUCUACAGAACCUCUGUCACCAUCUGAGGAGAGGAACUGGCCUUCUGAGAGGUCUACAGAACCUCUGUCACCAUCUGAGGAGAGGAACUGGCCUUCUGAGAGGUCUACAGAACCUCUGUCACCAUCUGAGGAGAGGAACUGGCCUUCUGAGAGGUCUACAGAACCUCUGUCACCAUCUGAGGAGAGGAACUGGCCUUCUGAGAGGUCUACAGGGGCUCUGUCACCGACCCAGGAGAGGAACUGGCCUUCUGAGAUGGCUUCAGUGGAUAUCCACUUGCCUCAGGGAACUCCUCACAGUCAGAGUCACAAAGGGAGCUUUGAGCUGUACGGUACAGAUGACUAUCCUAAAGACUUGCAUGUCACUGUGGAAGUGGAAGGUACCAGCUCUACUACUGUGAUCCCUGAGCAGACGCAAAGCAGUCCAACAUCUCCAAGUCCACCAGGACCUGUCAGCUCAGAUGGAUUCUCCACUGGUUUCAGGGCGGACUUCAUGAGUAUAGGUCCUUCUCCCAAAAUAGAAAACAACCUUCCAACCUUCUACAUCCCGCCCCACGAGAAACCCAUCACGGACUCCUCUCCUGCCAUGCAGCAAGCAGAAGUAGCAAACCACCUUAAAGAGAUGAAAGAACCUUCUCAGAAGCCCUUGGUGGUGCUCAUCAGCAUGCAGAAGGAUUCGUCGCUCUAUGGCAGUCAGCAAAAAGCAGCCGAGCUCCGGGACAGAUCUGUCCAGACGAGCCCGUGCACUCCUGGGGCAGAGGACUCCAACCGCCAGGCCGUCCUCCAGAGGCUGGAGAAGAUGAACGAAGAGAAAGAGGAGCGCCUGAAGCAGCAGCAGCAGCAGAAAGAAAGGGAGAUGAUGGAGCAGAUCCGACAGCAGACGGAGAACCUCAAGAAGCAAAGGAAGUGCUAUGCUCAGUAUGAGAGGGACCUUCUGGAGAAGCAGCGGGGGGAGGCUUUGCUGAAGAUUGAGCAGAGCAGACAAAGAGGUUUGGCACAGGAACCUGCAGGUCGCAAGCCAGAGAGACCAGGCCAUCUCCACUUGCCCGGCACCCUGGCCUCUCCUGGAAUCCUGGAUGCCCAGAUGACCGAAAACCUCAUACGUCAUGGAAAGCAGCCUCCUCCACAGACUAGCCUAAAUCAACCAAUCCCAUCCUUGGAAGGAAGGCCCGUGAUGGAUGGGUGGGCACCCAAGCUGACCCUGGAGUUGCAGGAGGGUCUUCCCAGAGGGAGGCCACACAUUAAAGUUCCCAUCCAGGGCUUGAACACAGCCACCAAACCAACAAACAUCUUCUUCACACCAAAAGACAACAAGCUGACUGUCUCCAAGUCCGAUAAGGACAUUGCCAAUCAGGAAAGGUCAAAGGCUUUCCAAAAGAAUGAAGGGCUCAGAAGUUCCCGGUCCUCCAAGGGGCUGAAAGGACGUGAGGUCGCCACAGCUGGCCAUAAAAAGAGAGCCCGCAUGGCACGGACACGCUCCGACUUCCUGAGCCGAGGGUCACACCCCGCAGGGGAGGGCGACUCGGAGGAGGAUGAGGGGGGUGACUACCUGUCCCCGCCCCCUCUGUCCCCCCGUGUGCCCCCCCCAGAGCAGGACACUGAGGGGGAGGCAGCUGACAGUCAUCUCAGUGACUCAGAAAUGGCAUCAUUGGCUGGUGGGAAUCAGAAGAAAAGCCAUAAAGCGGCUUCCUCAGGGGAUCUGGCCAAGGCGGACUCGCUGAGGAAGAGCUCCCACACGGACGGCAGGAUGAGAGGCAAGAUGCGGUUUUGGGGGAAAAUGAAGCAGGGUGAGAAGAAGGCGAUCAGAUCCCUGGCCAGUACCGCUGACAUACCUGGGGGGGACUUGACUGACACCGGGCUGUUCAUGGGAGAGGGGCCGCAGCCUGCGUCCCCCCCCCACAGCCCCACGCUGCCCGGCGAGCGGGGGAAGGAGUUCAAGGACAACAAGGAGCCGUCGCCCAAAAUGAAGCGGAGACGCAGCGUGAAGAUCAGCGGCGUAGCCCUGGAACCCGCUGCCUGGCAGAACGACGCCCUGCAGAUCCUCACCAGCGCCGCGGACUACCGCAGCAUGAACGACUUCCUCAUGAAGAAGAUCAAUGACCUGGACACUGAGGACAGUAAGAAAGACACCUUAGUGGAUGUGGUCUUCAAAAAGGCGCUCAAGGAGUUCCGCCUGAACAUUUUCAACUCCUAUUCCACUGUUCUGGCCAUGGACGAUGGGAAGUGCAUCCGCUGCAAAGACCUGUAUGCGCUCUUCGAGCAAAUCCUGGAGAAGACCAUGCGGCUGGAGCAGCGGGUCUGGGCCGAGUCCCCCGUCAAAGUGUGGGUCAACACUUUCAAGGUGUUUCUGGAUGAGUUCAUGACGGAAUACAAACCUCUGGACAGCGCGGCUAGCAAGGUGGCCAAGCCUGACCGGAAGAAGAGGAGGAAGAAGGAUGCCGAUAUUGUUGAGGAGCACAGUGGCCACAUCUUCCGGUCGGCGCAGUACAGCAUUCCCACCUACUGCGAGUACUGCUCCUCCCUCAUCUGGAUGAUGGACCGGGCCUGCGUCUGCAAGCUGUGUCGCUAUGCCUGCCACAGGAAGUGCUGUUUGAAGACGACGACCAAAUGCAGCAAAAAGUACGAGCCCGAGCUGACCUCUCGGCAGUUUGGCGUGGAGGUGACACGGCUGACUAACGACGAGCGGACCGUGCCCCUGGUCGUGGAGAAGCUCAUCAACUACAUCGAGAUGCACGGCCUCUACACUGAGGGCAUCUACAGGAAAUCGGGGUCCGCUAACAAGAUCAAGGAACUGAAGCAGGGGCUGGACACGGAUCUGAACAGUAUGAAUCUGGACGAGUACAACAUCCACGUCAUUGCCAGUGUCCUCAAGCAGUGGCUGCGUGACUUGCCAAAUCCACUCAUGACCUUUGAACUUUAUGAGGAGUUCCUUAGAGCCAUGGGUCUGCAGGACAGGAAGGAGGUGAUUCGGAGCAUCUACUCCGUGAUCGACCAGCUCAGCAGAACUCACCUCAGCACCCUAGAGCGCCUGAUCUUUCAUUUGGUCAGGGUUGCUCUGCAGGAGGAGACCAACCGCAUGUCUGCCAACGCCCUGGCCAUCGUCUUCGCCCCCUGCAUCCUGCGCUGCCCCGACACCAUCGAUCCACUGCAGAGUGUGCAGGACAUCAGCAGGACUACUGCAUGUGUGGAACUAAUCAUCGACGAGCAGAUGAACAAGUACAAAGCCAGACUUAAGGACAUUAGCAGCUUGGAGUUCGCCGAGAACAAGGCCAAGUGCCGGCUGACCCUCAUCCGGAGAUCAAUGAAACCUGUACUUAUUGCCGUUAGGUUUUUGAGCAUGAGCCGCACUGUGGCCUCGGGCAAGGGGCGACAUCGCCGGGGCAGCCAGCACGUGCCCUCUCCCCCCGCAAGCCCACGGCCCGAACCAGUGCCACAUGUGCCUGAAGAGCCGGGGCCAGAGGAGGGGCCCGGGGACAGUGAGCUGGCAGAGCAGCAGAUCGCCAUGCAGCAGGAGGAGAGGGUGCUGACUGAGCAGAUCGAGAACCUCCAGAAGGAAAAGGAGGAGCUGACCUUCGAGAUGCUCACGCUGGAGCCUCGCGCGUCCGAUGACGAGACCCUGGAGUCUGAGGCCUCCAUCGGCACGGCAGACAGCUUGGAGAACCUGAACGUUGACUCAGAGGAAGCCGUCUCAGACUACUCCGAGAGAAACCAAAUGGGUCCCCCUUCCCGGCCAAGGAAGGUGGCGGGAAGGGGCCGGCGUGUCCUGAGGCGGCAGCCCGAUUCCCUGGACUCCACCGACUCUGGCUCCACGGCCUCCUCCUACCCAUGUCCUCCUGGUGCCUCGCACCACCUCCACCUCCGCUCCGAGUCACCCUCGUCUGACCAAUUUCGCUCCUCUCGGCUCGGGUCGGCCUCCCUCGGCCCAGACCGGGAGAGCGAGUCGAGGCCUCUCUACAUCAGCCACGGCACCUACAGCGCGGAAAAGGGCCGGCUGAAGCUGAAGGCUGCCAAGAUGUCCCCCAAGAAGCCGGAGCAGAAGCCCCCCGAGGAGGCUGGCUCUGGGGGGGGGCAAGACGUGUCGCAGCAGCUCCGGUACGGCAGCAGCGAAUUCAUGGUAUGACAGACGCCAAGUGCAAAGCUGCUCGGCUCAUCAGUUUAUCGGCAUCAGCACUCCCCCCUCGGUCAUCCACGUCAGCAGAGAGCAGAAGUGAUUGAGUGUUGCAGCACCACUCUCUGGUCAGUGGGAGGAGCCAGCAGACCUGCCCUUUAAGGUGUCUGUCAUGGGCCUUGAUUGGCAAGAUGAGCCACAAAGGUACUUCUGCACCCCAAAUCUCCAUCCACCCCCCCCUCUGGCAGCGGCAGUGAGGAGAGUGGGGUGGCGUGACACGCCACACAGUGAUAUGGCCUACAGCUCCAGGCUCGGCCGGCACCAUAUCAGGGGGGGCUGGAUAAUGAAGCACCGCAGAGCCAACGGACGGGCAGGAUGCGUGAACGAAACACACAUGCGGCUGCUACGGAGGGCUCAGAUAAUUCAGUGAAGUUUGCUAACCAUAAACUAUCCUGUUCCCUUUCCAUGAUUGUGGAAAGUGUAUCUAUAUAAAUGUGUAAAAUGCGAUAUAUGUAUGAAUAUGACGCUGGAACACCAGUAGCUACUGGGUAGUUAGAGGCAAACAGUUAUCUGUGGCAAAUCAAUCGUAUUUUUGAAAGAAAUAGAUUUUUUUUAAACGACUCAUUCUUCUGUGUUCGUGCUGCUCUUUGCUUCUGUGGGGGGGAGAUCUAGGGACCACCUUAGCUUGUCCUUUACAGUCACGUUUCCCCUAAAAAAAACUGCAUUUACUGUUAUGCUCCCUACUGCAGUAAAUGUAACAGCCCUGUUUCACAAGAUGCCUUUUCCUCUUGGUUUCACCCUAAAAUACCCUUUGAGGUAUCAGUGUUAAAGUAACCAAAUAAGGACUUGAAUUUCAUCAUCAUUAUCAUGAUCAUUACCAUUGUAUGUGUUCCUGGUUUUUACUGUCAUGUCUAUGGGUGUAGCACUUAAAUGGUGAUGAAUCCCCUUUGUGUGUGCGAUGAUUGUGUGGACCUUGAGGGUGGUCUCAUGGACCGUCCCCUAGUGUAGACAUGGGAGGUGGUCUCCUGGACCGUCCCCUACUGUAGACCUGGGAGGUGGUCUCCUGGACCGUCCCCUAGUGUAGACCUGGGAGGUAGUCUCCUGGACCGUCCCCUAGUGUGGACCCGGGGGGUGGUUUCCUGGAACGUCCUCUUGUGUGGACCCGGAGGGUGGUCUCCUGGACCGUCCCCUAGUGUAGACCUGGGAGGUGGUCUCCUGGAAUGUCUUCUUGUGUGGACCCGGGAGGCGGUCUCAGGAACCGUCCCCUUUGUGGAGACCCUGGACCAUCCCCUUGUGUGGACCCGGGGGGUGGUCUCCUGGACCGUCCCCUAGUGUAGACCUGGGAGGUGGUCUCCUGGGCCGUCCCCUUGUGCGCCAGUGGUCAGAUUGAACUCCUUUCUCACCUUGCUUUCUUCUGGCCAGUGAAAUGCCACCUCAGCCCAUGGGCAUGGCCAUAGUGGCAAGGCUGCUCAGCACCUGCAGUAGUGUCACGCAGUCACUGGAGCAGACACUGUCCCCUUAGGCUGGCGAGCGGGUGGCUCUCUGGGAGUUACUGUCUUUACUGCUGCAUGGCGCCAGGCGGGCUACAGUUAAGGAUAGACUUAUGCAGGCACUGGGAUACUGGCUGGCAUAUUUACCGUGGAGGCGCCGCUGCGCUGCCCACUCUGGCAUCCGCCUUGAGGCCUCCGCCACCAAACUGCCAGCCACGGUCCUGCUGCCUUAGACCUGCAAAGGCAGCUCAGUAGAGCAGAUGGGAACACACUUGACAUCUGUUUGCUGCGGUAAAUCUAGCUAUCAGAAACCAUCACCUACUCCGACAGGUCUGUAAAUUGCCUUUGUGCAAAAAAACACAAGGGGUUAAUUGUUUACCUCAUCUGAAGCUAUUGUACUCUUAGUCUUCCUCGAUCUAGACUGACGUUUCACCAUUGUUACUCUAAAUACUACAUCACUAUUGGAGCGGGAGCUGGGAAGUGUAUUUGUCUGUAUGGUGCACAUGAAAGGUAAUCAAAUACUGAAGCCAGUAUAUCUCAAUAUUAAAGCUACUAUCAUUGUUACUGUUAGAUUGACAAUGUGUCCAGCAGUCUUUGCCAUCUGUAGAUCCAAUAGAAGCCCCAGUAACCUCAAAAUGCCUCAAAUGGUGUGCUUGUGUACGCAAGACGAUGUCACCUGUGCAAUACUCUUAUGUGAAUUCUGGUAUUUCAAACGGAGAUGCACAUAUUGUAGGUUACUACUGUUAGAUGUACACCAAAGCUUGUGUGUCUGUUUCUAGACAUAAACUCACAUGUGGUUCUAUUCUUUAUGGCAGACUGCUGGUAAUACACCACUUUUUCGAGGACCAAUCAGGUCGUGCUUAUGUGAAACCACACCCACACUCCUUCCUCAGACAUUAGUAAGGCCUUUAACCCAUAAUCACUUUAGCUUGCACUUGGGGGGGGGUAACUUAGUGGUUGUGUAUACUCGCCAUAUACUGUGGGAAAAACAAUUUUGUACUUCAUUUAUUUUUCAUCAAAUGCAACUGGAAGAAAAAAGUCAAUCUCUUCCUCAUAUACGAAAGGAAUCUUGGGCUUUUGUAACACUCCUAACUACUCUCAACCGGCCUUUUGCCCCUAGCAGCGUGUGUCGUCGCUGGUGUUCAGUGCCGGCUCUGUGCCGGGUUACGCGGCCGACCUGGCAGGGCGCAGUCACCUUUUACUGCUGCUACACCUCCUGGGGGCGCUGAAGGGCCGCACUGCACUUCCUCUUUGCAGCCUAAUAAACUGAAGCUGGUGAUGGUCUGAGUCGUUAUGCUUGGCAUCCUGCAAAGGUGAAUGAACUAAUCACUGGAAAAAGGAAUGCUCUGCUAUACAUUUUAUGUGUGUGUAUGUAUACAUAUAUACACAUGCAUAUAUACAAUACAAAUUAAUAAUUUAAUGAUUAUGCUUUAGUGUACAUCUGAAAAUUGACCUGAUGUAAAAGGAUAUAUUAUCCUGUACCACCCUAUAUAUUUAUAUAUAAAGUAUUAAUGUUAAAAGUGUUUUAUGCCACAUAAGAUUGUGUAAAUGACGCAAUCCAGUUUCAGCUUUGUAUUUCAGUGUGAGCUGUUCAGGACCGAGUCAUAUGUAUAAAGUGCAAUUUGUGUAAUAUUUCUUAAAAUGUUUAUCGCUGUACAAACGAGUUUAUGAUCAAAUAAUCAUCAGCUUAUUAAAAAGAACUUGAAAUGAAA